ACUUUGAAAAUAGUGCUCUUGUUACCAAAUAAACAAGUGAAACUUCUAAAAUUUGUUUUACAAGUCUAAUACGAUGAAAUAUUUACCAAGCCUUAAAGUGUUUAUGUUAAUUCUAUAACUUGAUUUAAGCAAUUAUUUCUUUACAAUGUGACUACUGUGAUAAAAAUCGAACAAUGCACUCGGAUACGAUAGGAACGCCCAUGAAUCGAUUUAAAUCUAUUUUUAUAUUUGCUUUUGUUUUCGGCGGAAGUUUCCUUAUAUUUUUUAUCAGCAAUGGCCCUAAUAAUGCUUUAAUAAAUCAAGACAUGGAUUUUGCUUGGACAUCAAUGGAACACAGCGAAGUAGAUUCAAACACAAACUUUACUAUAAAAACUAAAGGCUGCACUAUUCCAGAACUGCAACCAUUUGAUAAAAGUAUUAGGAAAUUUGUAGAGAUGCCGAGAAAUGUAAAACUGUGCGAAAAUUAUAAUUCGUCGUUAUUAAAAAGUAAUCGGACACAUAUAUUAAUUGAUUACGGAAACCUGAUAUACUUUAACAUAAGUUCUAGUGCGAAUGUCACUUGUUGUUACAAAUCUUUUUAUCGUCCAGUAUCUGUGGCCGAUGUAUUUGCCGAUGACGUCGACGAAAGAGUUGCAUACAGUGAUUGUUUUGAAUUCGUUGAUAGCAUAGAAAUUUCAGAUGAGUUUGUAAAAGUUUCGUGUGUGUAUGAAUUCAUUAUAUUUUAUGAACAAUUCUUUGCGUUUACACCUAAAAAGUAUCCCCAAACCAAUGACGGAGGAGAUGAAAGAAAUAAUCCGAAAUUUAAUGUGAUUAUGAUGGGCAUAGAUGCUGUCUCGAGACUAAAUUUUCAUAGGACAAUGCCCAAAACUCUAGCAUAUUUGAAGAAGAAAGAAGCGAUAGAACUUUACGGUUAUAAUAAAGUUGGAGAUAAUACAUUUCCUAAUUUGAUACCAAUGCUUCUUGGUAUUAGAGAAAGUGAUUUAAAAAGAACAUGUUGGCCUGAUAGGAAAUCUACAUUUGAUAACUGCCCCUUUAUAUGGAACUCGUUUAAAGAUGUCGGGUACUACACAGCGUUUGGCGAAGACAGUGCAAGCCUAGGGACAUUCAAUUAUGAAAAAUUCGGAUUUAUUCGAAAUCCUACCGAUUAUUACUUACAUACUUUCAUUACGGAAGCUGAAAUUUAUUCUGGAAACAAUAAAGAUUAUAACUCUUACAUUUGCAUGGGCAAUAAGUAUUUUUAUGAUGUGUUACUUGAGUACAUCGAAAGCUUAACGAGAGCUCUGAGAUCUUCGAAGCUGUUCGCAUUCUUUUGGGAAGUCACAAUGAGCCAUGAUUUUUUGAACUAUCCGAUGUUGAUGGACGCGAGCUACGAGCGGUUUCUGAAGCAGCUUGACCUAUCGGGGUACUUGGAUAAUACAAUAUUAAUAAUACUCAGCGACCACGGUAUAAGGUGGGGUGAUAUACGAUUUACAAAGCAGGGCAGAUUAGAAGAACGCUUACCAUUGAUACAAGUGUUGUUGCCCCCUACCUUUGCAACUACCUAUCCUGCAGCGUUUGAAAAUAUAGAAAUAAACAGACAUCGCCUUACUACUCCGUUUGAUAUCCACGCUACUCUCAUUGACCUUACUAAUUUAGAAUCUAUAAACAACAGCAAUAUAAGGUCAAGAAGCUUAGCUCCAUACAGUGGAGAUAGAGGUAUAAGUUUGUUUCUACCUAUUCCAAGUAAUAGGACAUGUAAGAUGGCUGAAAUAGACGAUCAUUGGUGCACUUGUAACCGUGGCAAUGCCUUAUCCGUACAAAGCUCAGAAGCUACACAAGCAGCUUCAUAUUUGCUGUCACACUUAAAUGCACUCAUUGCGUCGAAUUCGCAGUGCGCCAAACUUACUCUUGUGAAUAUAGUUGAAAUAACAGAAAUGUUGGUAGGAACACCGUACGAUAAGGAGAUUGGGUGGCAAGAGUUCUUAGUUGUCAUAAGAACGGCGCCUGGGGACGGCGUGUUCGAAGGAACUGUGCGACAAGUAAAUAAUGAGUGGUCCCUGUCAGGGUCUAUUAGCCGCCUCAAUCUGUACGGCGAUCAAAGUCACUGCGAACAUAACUAUCAACUCAAACUUUAUUGUUAUUGCAAGUAAAUUGUUACAGCAAGCUUUACAAGAACUUAUAAGGUUACUUAAUCUGUGAUAUUGUGGAAAUAUGAACGAAUGUUUAGUAGAUUAAUUAGUGGAGUAGUUGCUGAAAUCAUGUAGAGUAUUUGUUAAUUGGAUUAUUAGUAGUUCCUGAAAAACGUUCCAAGCCACAAACAUCACAUUUUAAGGAAUUCGUGUUGAAAGUUUAAUAAAUAUUAGUGUAUUCCAUACAUGUGGGUUGGACUAAGUCAUGAUGUCAUUUAAAGAGUGACAGGGCUGCCCUUUUUUGUCAGUCCGUUAAAAUGAAUGUUUUUCUGGAAUUACGUCCAAUUAUAAAGCAUAAAACGAUAAAAUAGUUGUACCGUUAUUGUUAUUUACUACGAUAUUUGUCACAAUUUUUGGGUCACGCGCUGUUAUCGGCUUCUAUGCCAGUAAAACUAAUUACCGUGCCAAUUAUUUUACACAGUUUUAUCAUACCUAUUGUUACAGAAAUUUCAAACACAUAUUUAUCACAUUGUGCAUAAGAAUUAUAUAAAUAUCAUUGUUGAUGUAGUAUAUUUUAUGUAGGUUAGAGGUAAACUUUAGAAUUAGUGUAUUUUUUGUACUUUUGUAAUAGAAGUUGUGUUAAAUGUUGUUAUUUAAAUAAUAAUGAUCAAUUAAAAUAAAAAAAUAACACGGGAUUGCAACUUCAGUAUAACUGACAAGGA